AUGUCUGAACAAAACCAAGCACCGCAAACUGGAGACGAAAAGAAAGGCGAUAGUACUGAACACAUUAAUCUGAAAGUAGUGGGAAAUGAUCACAACGAGGUGUUCUUCAAAAUCAAACGGACAACGCAACUUAAAAAAUUAAUGGAUGCGUAUUGUGAAAGACAAGGCAAAUCGUUGGCAUCACUCCGGUUCCUUUACGAUGGCGAACGAGUUCAAAGUCAUAAUACACCUCAUGAGCUUGACAUGGAAGACGGAGAUGCCAUUGACGUUAUGGUGGAACAAAUAG